GUGGACCAAUGAGAGGCGGGCUAUUCAACCUGCCGCCACCGGCCCAAACAGGCAAGUGCGGCGGCAAGGACCAGCUGGUCUACCGCGACGGCCUCCGGUUCGACACUCGCUACUCACAUACUACCCCGCCCAGCCUGGUCCUGUUCUCCAAUGUCUGAGAACGCCGGGUUGCCCGCCGCCGGGCCACACCCCACCGACCCGGCUCAGUACUCCCCCAAGCCCACCCUCGCCUACGCCUCCACCGUCGGAUUCCAAGCCGCCGCCGUCGGCGCAUUCGUCAGUACCAUCCAGAAUGCGCUGGGCACACACGGAGCAGGAGCAGCGGGUUUCCUGACAAGAACAGGAGGGACCAUUGGGUUCUUCGGUGCCAUGGGCGUGACGUUCGCGCUCACGGAGGCGGUCGUAGCGAACACCAGGGAGAAGGACGACGCACUGAACGGCGCAGCGGGUGCUUGUGCUGCAGGCUUUUUGGCGGGCAUACGGAAACGCUCCAUUCCAAUAGCAGUCGCUUCGUGUGCUGUGAUGGGUGCAGCAAUGGGCACCUUCGACUACGGCGGAAAGAGUCUGCAAGGGUCGCUCGAGACCAAGGAAGAGCGACGGAAACGCUUCUUCAAGAACCCACCUCCGACGAUGCCGGCGCAUUCAGGAGGGGAGUCGGACUAGAGGACUGCUGUAGAGUAUCUCGCAAAAUGCUUUUUCUGCCAACAUA